CGCCGCACGUCCCGCUCAGCGUCCACGCCCACGCUCGCAGCGCCGCCAUGGCCAAGCCCUUGACCGACCAGGAGAAGCGCCGCCAGAUCAGCAUCCGCGGCAUCGUGGGAGUGGAGAACGUGUCCGAGCUGAAGAAGGGCUUCAACCGCCACCUGCACUUCACCCUGGUCAAGGACCGCAAUGUGGCCACACCCCGCGACUACUUCUUCGCGCUGGCACACACAGUGCGCGACCGCCUGGUGGGGCGCUGGAUCCGCACACAGCAGUACUACUACGAGAAGUGCCCCAAGCGAGUUUAUUACCUGUCUCUGGAAUUUUACAUGGGCCGGACAUUACAGAACACCAUGAUCAACCUUGGCCUGCAAAAUGCUUGUGACGAAGCCAUUUACCAGCUUGGACUGGACAUGGAAGAGCUAGAAGAAAUUGAAGAAGAUGCUGGGCUUGGCAAUGGUGGUCUUGGAAGGCUUGCUGCCUGCUUCUUGGAUUCCAUGGCAACCUUGGGACUUGCAGCUUAUGGAUAUGGGAUCCGAUACGAAUAUGGAAUCUUCAAUCAGAAAAUUCAAGAUGGAUGGCAGGUAGAAGAGGCAGAUGAUUGGCUCAGGCAUGGAAACCCCUGGGAGAAGGCCCGCCCUGAGUUCAUGCUGCCUGUGCACUUCUAUGGAAGAGUGGAGCACACCAGCACUGGGGCAAAGUGGAUCGAUACCCAGGUGGUCCUGGCUUUGCCAUAUGACACCCCAGUGCCUGGCUAUAUGAAUAACACGGUCAACACCAUGCGCCUCUGGUCUGCUCGGGCACCAAAUGACUUUAACCUCAGAGACUUCAAUGUUGGAGACUAUAUUCAGGCUGUGCUGGAUCGAAACCUGGCUGAGAACAUCUCCCGGGUCCUCUAUCCCAAUGAUAAUUUCUUUGAAGGGAAGGAGCUAAGAUUGAAGCAGGAGUACUUCAUGGUUGCCGCUACCUUGCAAGAUGUCAUACGACGUUUCAAAGCCUCCAAGUUUGCCUCCUCUGACGGUACCCAGACUACUUUUGAUGCCUUCCCCGAUCAGGUUGCCAUCCAGCUGAAUGACACACACCCUGCACUGGCCAUCCCUGAACUGAUGAGGAUUUUUGUGGAUAUUGAAAAAUUGCCCUGGUCUAAGGCCUGGGAGCUCACCAAGAAGACCUUUGCCUACACCAACCACACGGUGCUUCCUGAAGCUCUGGAGCGCUGGCCGGUAGAACUGGUGGAGAAGUUACUUCCUCGCCAUUUGCAAAUCAUUUAUGAGAUAAAUCAGAAGCAUUUAGAUAAAAUUGCGGCUUUGUUUCCUAAUGAUGUCGAUCGUCUGAGAAGGAUGUCCCUUAUAGAAGAAGAAGGAGGCAAAAGGAUCAACAUGGCCCAUCUCUGCAUUGUGGGCUCCCAUGCUGUGAACGGCGUGGCUAAAAUUCACUCAGACAUCGUGAAGACACAAGUAUUCAAAGACUUCAGUGAGCUAGAACCAGACAAAUUUCAGAAUAAAACCAAUGGGAUCACUCCAAGGCGCUGGCUCUUACUCUGCAAUCCAGGGCUUGCCGAAUUGAUAGCGGAGAAAAUUGGGGAAGACUAUGUGAAAGAUUUGAGCCAGCUGACGAAGCUGCACAGCUUUGCGGGUGAUGAUGCCUUUCUCCAUGAACUGGCCAAUGUGAAACAGGAGAACAAGUUGAAGUUUGCUCAGUUCCUAGAGAAGGAAUACAAAGUAGAGAUCAACCCAUCCUCCAUGUUUGACGUGCAUGUGAAAAGGAUACAUGAGUACAAAAGGCAGCUCUUGAACUGCCUGCAUAUCAUCACAAUGUAUAACCGCAUUAAGAAAGACCCUAAGAAGUUAUUUGUGCCUAGAACAGUUAUCAUUGGUGGCAAAGCUGCCCCAGGAUACCACAUGGCCAAAAUGAUAAUAAAGCUGAUCACUUCAGUGGCAGAUGUUGUAAACAAUGACCCUGUGGUUGGAAACAAGUUGAAGGUCAUCUUCUUGGAGAACUACAGAGUAUCCCUUGCUGAAAAAGUUAUUCCAGCCACAGAUCUGUCGGAGCAGAUUUCCACAGCAGGCACCGAAGCCUCCGGGACAGGCAAUAUGAAGUUCAUGAUGAAUGGGGCCCUGACCAUUGGGACUAUGGAUGGGGCCAACGUGGAAAUGGCAGAAGAAGCUGGCGAAGAGAACUUGUUCAUUUUUGGCAUGAGGAUAGAUGACGUAGCUGCUCUGGACAAGAAAGGAUACAAUGCGAAAGAAUAUUAUGAGGCACUUCCAGAGCUGAAGCUGGUCAUUGAUCAAAUUGACAAUGGCUUUUUUUCGCCCAAGCAGCCUGAUCUCUUCAAAGACAUAAUCAACAUGCUCUUUUACCAUGACAGGUUUAAAGUCUUUGCAGAUUAUGAAGCCUAUGUCAAGUGUCAAGAAAAAGUCAGUCAACUAUACAUGAAUCCAAAGGCCUGGAACACAAUGGUACUCAAAAAUAUAGCAUCCUCGGGGAAGUUCUCCAGUGACCGAACAAUUAAGGAAUAUGCGAAGGACAUCUGGAACAUGGAGCCUUCAGAUAUAAAGAUUUCCCUGUCCAAAGAGUAGACCAAUGGAAUGAGCAAAGCCAAUGGAAACUGUCU